CACGCGUGCAUGCCAUUAGCAAACUCACUUAGCCACUACUAGUGGUGAGAAUGAGAUACACAAGAUCUCCAAGACGCCCAUGUUACAACUAGCUCGCACUAGUUUAUUACAUGGCCGAUUUAGUUGGCUUCAAGCUUACAUGCCCAGCAACGUUACAUCACCGGCGUGUCGGCUUCUCCCCACUCCCACUUAAUUGCAACUUAUAUAAGGAGCUGCAGGUACGUAGUUCAGUAGGCACAUCACUCUUGCUGCGACAGCAUCGAAGGAAAAGAUGACGGUGCUCAGAGGCCUAGCACUCGUGCUCUCUGUGACCUUCUUCUCAAGCUGCCUCAUCUCAGCUCCUUCCCUAGCUUCCUCUGAUGGCUUCCUCCAGUGCAUAAGGGAGAAGAUACCCAGCCAGCUCCUCUACACUCAGUGCAACACAAACUUCACCGCCGUACUGGCCUCCUCCGUUAGGAACCCCAGGUUCUUCACCAACACCACCGUAAGGCCGAUCUUCGUCAUCACGCCGAACGACGCCUCCCACGUCCAGGCCGCCGUGCUCUGCGGCCGCUGGCAGGGCGUCCGCCUCCGCGUGCGCAGCGGCGGUCAUGACUACGAGGGCCUCUCGUACCGGUCGGCGCGGCCCGAGGUGUUCGGGCUGCUCGACCUCGGAAACCUCCGGACCAUCAGCAUCAACCAGUGGGAGUACACGGCCUGGGUCGACUCUGGCGCCACCAUCGGGGAGUUGUACUACACCAUCGCCAAGAAUAACCCGGAGGUCGCGUUCCCGGCUGGCGAGUGUCCGACCAUCGGCGUGGGCGGUCACUUCAGCGGCGGUGGUGUCGGCAUGAUGAUGCGCAAGUACGGCCUCUCCAUCGACAACAUCCUCGACGCCAAGCUGGUCAACGCCAACGGUGAGCUCCUCGACAGGGCCACCAUGGGGGAGGACCUCUUCUGGGCCAUCCGAGGCGGCGGCGGCGGCAGCUUUGGCAUCGUGCUCUCAUGGAAGGUCCACCUCGUGCAGGUCCCACCGAAGGUCACGGUGUUCAGCAUCGCAAAGACGCUUGAGCAGGGCGCCAUAGACAUCCUUACCAAAUGGCAAGACGUCGGCCCAUCGCUCCCCAGCAACCUCAUGAUAACGGUGAUGCUGUCGGGGCAGCAAGCCGCGUUCCGGGCCAUGUACCUUGGCACGUGCAGCUCGCUCGUGGCGACGAUGGGUGAACAGCUGCCGGAACUCAACAUGACCAGCGCCGACUGCCAGCCCAUGACCUGGCUCCAGUCCACGGCCUUGUCCUUCAUCACCUUCAGCAGCAACAACAUCACGCUGGAGGAGGCGCUCCUGAGCAGGACCACCAGCCUGAGCACCUUCACCAAGGUCAAGUCCGACUACGUCACGCGCGCCAUCCCCAAGGCCGCGUGGAAGGACAUCUUUUCCUGGUUCACCAUGAAGGGCGCCGGGCUCAUCGUGCUGGAGCCCCACGGCGGCCUCAUGGCCACCAUCCCCACCGCCGCAACGCCGUACCCGCACCGGAGCGGUGUGUUGUACAUCAUCCAAUACAUCGCGUUCUGGCAGGGCGACGGCGGCGUGGCGGCGACAACCUGGCUCGGCAGCUUCUACGACUUCAUGGGGCACUACGUGAGCAACAACCCGAGGCAGGCGUACGUGAACUUCCGGGACCUGGACAUCGGCCAGAACGUGGUGGCGGACGACGUCAGUAGUUCCGAAAGCGGCAAGGUUUGGGGUGAGCGGUACUUCAUGAGCAACUACCAGAGGCUCGCGUCCGUGAAGGCGACCGCGGAUCCCAUGGACUACUUCAGAAACGAGCAGAGCAUCCCCCCGUUACUCCCGGUCCCAACCUACAACGACUACAACGACGACCCAAGUGAGCAGAGAUUCAUGCCAAGAGAUCCGAUUAACUAGUACAAUAAUUCGAUCAUUUUACUUCAAGAAGAUGACUACUGCAAGAUUAGUCUAGUUUCCUUAUAAUAAUAAACAACAAUACUCUUAUCAAGUUGUAUUCCUACUUUCGUGAUGAUUGCUGGGUGGAGAUAUCAUACUCUCCUUUCCAGGAUAAACACUAUCAAGUUGUAUUCGGGUGGACUGCAAUAUGCAUGGUGAGGAUGUGGAUGCCUAUUGAGAUACUGAUGAAAAUGACAGUCUAAGGCGUGUGCAGCCUGUUUUUGUUAC